AUGCGCUCCUUCGACAUCUCCGCCACGGCGCUCUUCGCCGCUGCCGCCGUUGUGAACGCUCAAACUCCCGACAGCUAUGGCAGCCUCACUUCUGCAACGACCACCUACACCAUCACCCGCACUGUGUCGCGUGUCGUUGAGACUGUCACUGCUACCAGCAAUGGCUCGACUUCAACGUUCGAGAGCACCAGCUCCCUGACGACCUCCAUCUCCAUCCCAUUGACCACGACGGCGACGGCCUACUCGCACCCACCUUCAUCGAUUGCCAGCGUCACCAUUCCCUCUUACGGCAACGGCACCACUGUCGUCGGCGGCACCGGCACCGGCGCUCUCCCAUCCGCUUCUGCUUCUGGAUCAUUCGUCCCACCACCAGCAUCGGAAGGCGGUGCAGGCAAGCUCGGUGUCGAGGCCCUUGGUCUUGCUGCCAUCGCCGGCAUCGUCGGUCUUCUCGCCUUUUAG